UCCUGUAUUAUCAGCCUCAUUAGAAGAGAACCGGUCCUCCCUGCGGAUCACGCCUUGAUUUGCCUGCCUUUCCUGGCGCAGCCGGGAUUUGCAUACAGGUGUCCUGACUGCUGAGCCUCGUUUGACAGUCAAACCAGGCGGCGGUCUCUCUCUCACUCUCAGCCUGCGCAUCCAGCAUCCAGUCGCUGCCACAGAGGAGCGCAGGGGAGUGCCGAGCGACCGACCGACCCAGAGACGCGCAACGCAACGCCGCCUCCGCUUCCUCUUCCUUCGCCGUAGCCGGAGAGAAGCACCCCCUGAGCGGACACUGUCGCCGCUGAAGCCCGGCCAGCAUCCUCCUCCAUCCACCGGUCCUCACCGGCAGGCCUGAAGCAGCCGCACCAUGGCGGAGUUGGACGUCCCACAGAUGAAGCGAGAGGUGGAGAGCCUUCAGUAUCAGCUGGCGAUCAACAGAGAGAAAUCCUCCAUCACCGUAACAGAGCUGGUGAAGUGGAUCGAAGGCUGCGUUUGUGAAGAUCCGUUUCUGAACCCGGAGCUGAUGCGCGCCAACCCCUGGGUGGAAAAGGGCAAGUGUGUGAUCCUCUAAUGGCCACACACACACCAACCAGUCACCAAUGAAUAUAAUAA